AUGGCCUUUCCCGUGCGCUCCUACUCGCACGAGUCCGCCGGCUCGGCCUCGGCGGCGGGCGCGGCGGCGGCCGGCGCGCCUGUCGACGAUCCGCAUCUCGGCGCCUGGCGCUCGCGCACGCUGCUCUUUCUCUCCUACCGCUCAUCAGCACCGCGGCGCACGAGCAACGCCUUUGCCUCCUCGUCGCGCUCCUCCUUCGAGUCGCCGCUGCUGGGCGCAGACCUCGAGGCACAGGGCGCGCCGCAGCGUCCGCGGCGGCCCGGCACGUACUACGAUGCCUCGGGCGCCCUCGCCUCCUACCCGCCCGCCGCGGCCGAGGCGCUGCCGCCGCGCUGGGUAGACACGAGCGAUGCCGUAGAGGCACUGCUGCACGGCAUUGGGCCGAAGAUGGAACGCCUCGAGCGCAUGCAUGCCAAGCAUCUGCUGCCGGGCUUCGUCGACCGCCGCGCCGAGGAGCGCGCCAUCGAGACGCUCACGCAGGAGAUCACAAAGGUGCGCCUGACCAGCCGCUUCGGCGCCAUCCUCCUGCUGACAUGGGCAUCACAGGAUCUGCGCAAGGCUACGUCGCAGAUCCGGCAGCUGGCCAAUGCGACUGCGGCCAACGCAGCCGCGUCUGAAGCGGCGCUGGCACGCAACGUGCAAACGGCGCUCGCGACGCGCGUCCAGACGCUCAGCGCCGCGUUCAGGAAGCGGCAGGCCGACUACAUGCGCCGCAUGCGCGGCAUCGAGGCGCGCGGCAAGGAGUGGACUGCCGGCUCAGGCAGUGGCAAGGGCGCAGAGGAGCGAGAAGCGCUGCGGGAAGACGUUGAGUUGGUGAGUGCUGCCGCGGGUCUGUCCAAGAGCAGCUCGCAGAGCCAGCUGCUGCUGCAAGAAGAGGCGCCGCAGACGCAGGCCGAGCUGGACCUGGCCGCGCGCGACCGCGAGAUCGACCAGAUUGCACGCUCCAUCGCCGAGCUGGCCGAGCUCUUCCAGGAUCUGUCGGCCCUCGUCAUUGACCAGGGCACGAUGCUGGAUCGCAUCGACUACAACAUCGACAGCAUGAGCCGCGACAUGCAGGAGAGUGUGCGCGAGCUCAACACUGCCACAACCUACCAAGCCCGCACAUCGCGCGGGCAGUGCAUCCUGCUGCUCGUGCUGCUGCUCAUGCUCGCGCUCGCGCUGCUCAUCAUCAAGCCGUUCUGGCGCGCCUUCUCGUCGCCGGCGCCACUGCCGCCACAGAGCAGCGCCAGUCCGUUUGGGCCAUGAUACUGCAACGCUGCUGUCACCGGACUCGUGUGC